AUGCCCAGUUCCGGCUCCAAUGAUCCGUCAAUAGGCGUUUCGGAAACAUCGACAAUGCUAAACAAUCUUCGAGCUAGGUCCUACAGGGCAGCCUGGGGGCUGACGCUCGAUGAAGUGCUGAAUAACACCGCCCCUCCACCGUAUACCCUCAGCGCAUUCAGAGAAUUUCUCUCUCAAAACCAUUGCCUCGAGAAUUUAGAAUUCAUUCUCGAAGCGAAACGAUAUCGCGAAGGCUACAAGUCAUUGGUCGAAUCAGCAGAGAAGUCCAUAGAGACAACCAACUCCACGGCAAGCAUCAACCUAAGUAAGCUCUAUCAGCUUCUCCUGGAGGCGUACAUUCUCCCCGGAGCAGCCCGUGAGGUCAACCUUUCCGUCAACGUACGUGAUACCCUCUUGCGACACAAAAAUAUGUCGAAACCGCCGCUUCCUGAGACUCUUGCACCUGCCGUGAAAAACAUCCACACCUGA